AUGGUCACGGGCACCUGGUUACCUGCGUGUGCUUCUCCCCUUGUGGCCGACGGAUUGCUUCUGUUCGUUUCUUCGUCGAGGGCUUCCUUCGACAAGACAGUAAGAAUCUGGGAUACUCAAGGAAAGCCUAUUGCAGUUCUGCACGGACACACACAGGUGAUACAUUGCUGUGAUUGGUCCCCUUCUGGAAAUCAAAUCAUUAGCGCUGGUGCAGAUUUUGAUAUCAGGGUGUGGGAGCUUGAGGGAGAUAUGUGGGAGACAGUUGAACCUAAGGAUGGCAGCUGUGUCGAAUUCGCCUUCUCACUUGGAGUCCUUGACGGGGUUGACAAGCAUACUGAAGCUGAAGAUCUCGAUAAAGUGUUUGUUCGCAUGACCAAGCGAACUCGUAAGGCUCUUCCCCACCUCAAGUGUCGUUCGCGAGUCAUGAAGGGGCACAGCGGGAGCGUCCUUUCAUGUGCAUUUGAGCCAAAGACUGGAACCGAAGCUGCAGUCUGCUUUCUGCUUCAAGCAACAGACCUGAAUGUUCUCUGGAGAGUUGAUGUCGGAACGGCAUACGUUACUGAGGUUGCAUUCAUGAAUUUUGUAGACAAGGAAGAGAAGCAAGAGUGUCUGGUUGCCGCUGCUGGAGAUUCUUCACCUCUUUGCUGGAAACUUCAAUCUGGAGAACGACGCUCGGUGGCAGGCAAGUGUUUAAAGAACAUGGUGUGCUUUGCGAAGAUCGAUUGUCAGAGAAUCAUUUGUGGUUGCAUCGGGAACAAUUUACAGAUACUUUCGAUAUGA